AUGUCUCAUGAUCCGUCAUCAUUUCAGGUUUCAACCACUUCGACGUUUCCACAGCAAGGCCAGGUAGACUGGGUGGCAUUCGGAGGCACAGUCUAUUCCUUGACGGCAUCUACGCUCCAGCGCUUCUCAUCAGCUGGUGUACAACCAGCUACCUAUGCGGCAGGGAUUGCAUUAGCUAGCAGGUUCAAAGUUGGAAGUCUUGGAGAGAAACGAGUAGAGGAUGCAAUCCAAAAUCUAUCAGGGGUCCCUGGUUUCGACAAAAUACUUUACUUUGGCUUUGGGCAUAGAAGCUUCGUCAAGCUGCUGGCCGAGGAUCCCAAUGGUUCUGACCUAAUUGCUCUUUGCUCGUGUCUGGGAGAAAUGCAUAGCGAGACGGUUACUGCUUGGGUAUUGCGAGAGCUUUGGUCUGUUGAAGGCUUUCCAGACGACUACAAACCGCCUCAUUCCCAAUUCAUGGCUCUCGCGCGGGCUUGUGCUGGCGUUCUUACUCGGACUUCUUUCUCCAAUACAGUUUCUGGGAUGCAUCUUCAAGCGUGGGACGAUCAUCAAAAGUCCGCUAUCAUGGUGUCUCCAGCAACAGAUAUAGCUCGAGUGCUUAGUGGGAUGUUUAAGAUAUCUCGUGGCGAAGUAGAUAAUAUCACUAUAUUCGGAUACAGCGAGUGUGCAUUCAUAGCUGGGUUGGCUCAGUGGUUGUUCAACUUUACAAUCCGGGUUGAGCACGAGACCGGACGUUUGAUAUACACGAACACGCCUGAGCAUGAGACUGCGCAAGUAACGUUGCGGUAUUCAGCAGAUGUCGACUUUCAUCACAGUUCAAUGAUGAUAACCAACACAACAUAUGUUUUGCGCUCCCACACGGCCUUGCUUAUCCAAACUCCGGACGAGAGUCUUCUCAAACUUUCGCUAAGAGCGCCUUGGGACGAGUGUUUGUCGCGUCUUUUUGGGGUAGCAGACUUCAACGAUAGGCUCAUUAAGCAUGCAAAAAUGUUUGGCGGCUUCCUCGGAAGUAUUGCUCGUAUAUAUGAAGCCGUUGCCAAGGGAGAAAUGGAACUUGAAUCCGAAGCAAAGAAAUCAGAGUCAGAAUCAAAUUACAAGUACCUCUCGGAAGCUACAUACGGACGAGGCUUUUCAUCCAGCAUUGUUUCUAUCUUACCAGAGCUCAAAUCUGCGACAGGUUUCCUUGAAAGUCUGGACUUAGCUAUUGGGGUCACACUUGAUAUUGCACGCCGAGAUAUCGAAUUUCACCUGCGAUCUUUGCAAUCGCUCUGUUCAUGUCUAGUUUGUCACCCACAUAUGUUGAAAUGGCACAGCCGCUGUUUAGUUGUUGUUGCAUUUACACUCUAUCAUUUAGUCUUAAUCGUUGCCAACGUCGAUUACCCUGAAGGCCUGGACCCAACACUUUCCGGUCUUGAAGAAGUCUACCAAAGCUGCAUUAGUAUGUGGGCAAACUUUGGUAGAUCUCAGCCUCCCAAAGGUCAUCAGACCUGGGAAUACUGUCUUGACAAGCUCCGGGUUUUGAGCAGCAAUGAGUUAAAUUACAGGAAAGAGGACGAUUUCCAAGAACCUGUACAUGGUUCAUUAGCAUCCGCCUUCCUCGUGUUUGCUGGGAUCUGGCCGCGACGCAGUACAAUAAAUGGCAACGAUUGCUAUACAGGACUUUGUUCUGUAGGCUUAUGUUUCUACCAAGAUAGUCUGCGUUUUCUGAGCUCUAGUGCGGAGCUCGCUCAGAAAAUACACAUCAUUCCAGGUCAUAUAGAAUGGCAAGAUCGAAGCUAUGAUGCUGUUGUUGAUAGUCUCUACCACGAAAGCCUCCGCCCCACACUCCCGAAAGCUGUUUUUGAAGGAGCGGUCGACACAAUCCCCGAAGACUUAUUACGAACUGACGAGGUUUCCGUCACUCCAUUGAUUGCAGAACGCUCCACAGAACGGGAAGUAACCUUCUAUUAUAAGGCGUCUAUUCCAGAUGGCACAAUCUAUAUCCAACCCGGAUUCUCAACACGACAUAUUCUCCGAUCGACUGGACGUACAUCAUGUGACAAACCUUUUUGUUCGUCGCUGCCAUGGCCCUGCACUUUUGUUAGAAGAGGGUGGGACCUGGAUAGAGAAUUUCAUGACAACCUUCAUUACCAAAAUGGUGUUGCUUGCUGCGUGUGGGAGUUUCGAGACGACUUUGCACGAUGCGCUGCCUUAGCUGCGCUUUAUAAUUCUCAAGAAUCUGGGAAACGUAAGACUACUUAUCUGUUGAGAACAGGAGAAUGUGUUUCUUGUUGUGUGAGAGCACUACUUGCGAGGGACUGGUCGCUGACGAACGAUUCGAAGGGCUUGAAGCAGGGCGUGGUUCAUAUACUGUGA